CUUCCGUUUGAAGCGAAAUUGGCUGACAAAAUCAGCGAAGAUGCUCUCGGGUCGGGAAUAUUGUGAAUAGAAGAAAAAUAUAUAAAUAUCUAUACAGUAUACAUAUUAUUGUACACAAAAGGAGAAAAGCGCGCGCUUUUUUUCACACCAGUAAAUAAACUUUAUAUUUAAUCAGUAAUAUUUUUUCCUAUUGAUUUCACGCAGCGAUUCAUUUGCGGUUGCUUUAUACUGCAAUUUACAAUUUUUUAUUAACAGCUUUUGUUAAUUUGGAGUUGUAAAAAAAAAGAAAAAUAAUAUGAAACAAAACGAUAGAAAUUAGACGCCGUGCGGCGCCGACGUCAAGUCGAGGCGGCGCGCACUUUUAGCAGAAGAAGCGUCGAAAUGAGACGGUUUGCCGUCGAGCUGCUUUUACUUUCUUUCUUAGUGUGCUUAAUAUAUUGCAAGGAAAUCUGCCCCUUUUCGAAAUUCCAACCAUCCUGCGCUGCCGACGAAGUUAUUUUCAUCACCAAAGCAUUUGUUGGAAGGCAGAGGACGACGUCGUGUAGCUAUGUCGGUAGCGAAGGGGAAUGCUGGACUGAUAUUGCGAAGAAAAUUAACGGCUUAUGCGGAGGAAAGAGUAAUUGUACCAUUGAUGUACCUAAUCAUGACUUACAGAAGUGGUCCGGUUGUGAAAACGGUUUUACUUACCUAGAGGCUCAGUACGAAUGUGUAGGCGUUCGAGUAGCAUCUAAACAAGCUUGUGACUCGCAUAGUUACAUCAUAUUAAAGUCAGAAUCAGGCUAUAUCUCUAGUUCUAUUGCGCAAUCGAUUGGAGUCGGAACGGUAAAUUGUCCGUGGCAUAUCCGACGACCUCCAGGUCAAACUAUUGCUUUAACCGCGAUAAUCUUUAACAUAACGGAAGGCUGUCAUCGACUUUUUGACGUUCACGACAUGGAAACCGGCAAGGAAGAGACAGUUACUGCCUGCAAUACUUCCUACCGUUACAAUGAAAGGAUAGGUAAUUUCUCCAAUAGAAUCAAAAUAGUGAUGAACGUUAAAUUUAAUAAUCCCCGGGAGCACCACGAGUUUGUAGUUUAUUACCAAGUAACAGGCUGCUUAGAUCCCCACCCAAUCAACGCCAACAUGAAAGUCACGAGAAGAGGAAACGAAGCCACGAUAACAUGCAAGCUUACAGGUGUAUCAUGGAAAAUCUUCUGUAGGGAUAGAAAAUGGACUAGUCAUCAUGCGGCCAACUGCAGCCUAACUAUACAACGAUCAAGUAGCGUCACUUGGGGCGAAGUGACGUUACCUUACGCCGCGUGGAUAGUUGUCAUACUUGGUAUUGCGGUUGCAGUUAGUUGUACAAUAGUUAUUGCAGGCUUAUUCUGCCUUAAAAACCAGCAAAGACGAAGCGAAACAAACUACUCUCCAGUAGACAACGAAACCGUUCGAAAUAAUAAAAUGCCGAAUAACCUCGGAACGCUCACGACCGCCGCACCAUCUAUCAAUGCCUGUCGUCCACCGGAAAAGUUCAUCUACGAGUGCGCUAUGACGCUUCAGCACUAAAAUUUGCUUAACUGAAGUAUUUCCAAAGGAAAAAUGAUUUCAAGUGACAUUUCUUUUUCACAAGGCUCUAAAGACGACUAAUAAACUCUAUUAGGCGAUACAAACUGAUAAUGUACCAUACGCCUAUUAUCGAUUAAUGUGACAAAAUUUUUAGUUGGAAAGCAGAUAAUCCCAUUUGCAUUUCCUUCAAGAAGAGAGCAUCAAUUAAAUAAAAAAUUAUUCAAUAUGCUGUUUAUAUACAGUAAUAUAUAUAUAUAUAUAUAUACACAUAAAUAUACAUAUAAAUAUCUAUAUUUGUUUAUUUAUAUACCUUCG